ACUUUUUUGAACAUCUUUAGUAAUGUGCGUUGACAAGCAAGUAGUUAUUUUUAAAACAGGACAAAAGCGGUUUUACAGAGUAUUUUACGAAUUCUGAGGCUGAAGCGUAUGUUAAAAUAAUUAUUUUACCAUCUGAUACGUUAUAUACUAAAGUAAUUAACCCAUGUAAUAAACAUAUCUUUCCCAUUAUACCUCUAAAAUAUAGCUGAGGUAUAUUCGAUAGAUUGCCUUCACCACUUUCUAACCUCAAUCAUCAACUGCAAAUUAUAGUUGUUAAGUGGACAUCCUCAAGGUCAGUCAAGCAUCGCUCAAGGCUCAUCCAUAAAUCAUAAUCUCACCAACAUUUUAUGCACCAAACCUUGCUUACCGUACUGAGACAGAAAUGACUUAAGCCCCUUCAUUUUGUAGAAACGCUUCAUAUUCUCAGUUAAUACAAAAAUCCCGAUAAUUGGAUUGACUACUGUAUACCAUGUAGCAUUAAAUCUGCUCAUGAAUUACUGUUUUUAUGUAUUUUUAGAUGUCUUUAUACCCUUCUCUGGAAGAGUUAAAAGUACAGAGCAUUAUUGAAAGUCAAAGCAAUGGACCUUCAACUGCGCAGUCUGACUGUCAAAGACCAAUGUCACAAAUUAACAACACUAUACCUGGAAAUUGCAAUAUGGAUAAUAAUAUGUCUUCUUGCAACAUUGGUGGUAGGCCUGUUACCUGUGGAUCUACAAUAUGUGGCAUUUUCCCUCAAUCUGGUAUGGGCUGUGGGGUCAAUUCAAUGUCAAUUGCUCCUUUUACACCAAGCGGAGCGCUUUGUCUACCGCUUCCAGCACCAUUUGAUUGCGUAGAUAUAAAACCAGGAGUUAGACUUGUUACUCUUUGUAAAAAUGAAUUCGGUAAAGUCGGAAUUCAGCUUAAAGAAAUACAGAAAGGUAUAUUUGUUUCAUUUGUGGAAGGAUUUUCACCAGCUGCACUUGGCGGUGUACGUUUUGGAGAUCAGAUCCUGGAGAUUAAUGAUAUUCUAGUUACAGGUUGUUCAGGAACAAGAUCAAUGGAAAUAUUGAAAAGUUCAACUCCUAACAACAUAAGACUUGUAUUACGUGACCGUCCAUUUGAACGUGUUAUUACCGUUCAUAAAGAUAGUUUAGGUGCAAUUGGUGUACAUGUUCGUAAUGGUUUAAUUAAAGCAAUUGUUAAAGACUCAAGUGCUGCACGUAAUGGUUUAUUAACUAAUCAUCAAAUUAUUGAAGUUAAUGGACAAAAUGUUGUUGGUUUAAAGGAUAAAGAUUUAUUACAACUUAUGGAGGAAUCAAAAACUCCAAUGAAAGUUACUAUUAUACCAAAGACAUUUUAUGAUAAAUUAACUAGAAGUCUUCCAACUGGGCAAUUACGAUUACAAAUGGAUCGAUCAUUACCUUUUGUUUAA